ACCCGAAGAAGCCACGAACCCAAUCCCCGGCGCCUUUACCGACUAAUCACGACAUCCCAACUCCCCCUUCCAAAUCCCAAAUCCCACCGGCCACCAGCACAGCAGCACCGCCUCCUCCCUCCCUCAGAUCGCGAUGGCAGCCCCGCCGCUCGCCGCGGCGCUCCUGGGCGCCUUCCUCGCCCUCCUCCUCCUCGUCUCCCCGGCGGCGGCCGAGAUCCGCGAGACGGUGAUCCGCGCCGACCCACGCACCAUCAUCCCGCUCGACGAGUUCGGCUUCUCCCACCAGGGCAUCCUCGAGCUCAACGUCACCGGCAUCGCCUUCGACCCGCCGGCGUCCCCCGACCUCGACCUCUCCCAGUUCGGCUUCUUCCUCUCCACCCUCGACGCCUGGGUCCACGUCCUCCGCCAGCUCCAGGACCUCGACGUCACCUGCGCGCUCCAGUCCGACCUCGUCAAGCUCGCCUACUCCUUCGACCGCCUCAAGCCGCCCUCCAACCCCGCCGGCGUCCCCGUCGCCCGCUCCUCCUCCUUCUCCGUCGCCUUCCGCGUCUCCGAGCCCGGCCAGUACACGCUCGUCUUCGCCAACUGCCUCAACGGCGGGGACCUCAAGAUCUCCAUGGACGUCAGCUCCGCCAUGUACAACGUCGACCCGGCCACCGGCCAGCGCGCCUACCUCUCCGUCGGCGCCGCCGCUCUGCCCUCCAUCUACUUCCUCUUCUGCCUCGCCUACGCCGCGCUUGUGGCCGCCUGGGUCUCCAUACUGCUGCGGAAGCGCGCCGCCGUGUUCCGGAUCCACUACUUCAUGCUCGCCGUGCUCGUGCUCAAGGGCUUCAACCUCCUCGCGGAGGCCGAGGACAAGUCCUACAUCGAGCGCACCGGCACCGCGCACGGCUGGGACGUGCUCUUCUACAUCUUCAGCUUCCUCAGGGGGAUCUCGCUCUUCACGCUCAUAGUGCUCAUCGGCACCGGCUGGUCCUUCCUCAAGCCCUACCUGGCCGACCGAGAGAAGAAGGUGCUCAUGGUGGUCAUCCCCCUGCAGGUUGUGGCCAACAUUGCACAGGUCGUGAUCGAUGAAUCUGGGCCGUAUGCCCGAGACUGGGUCACCUGGAGGCAGGUGUUCCUGCUGGUGGAUGUUGUCUGCUGCUGUGCCGUGCUCUUCCCGAUCGUGUGGUCCAUCAAGAACCUCCGAGAGGCUGCCCGCUCUGAUGGGAAAGCGGCGGUGAACCUCAUGAAGCUCACCCUCUUCCGCCAGUACUACGUGGUUGUCAUUUGCUACAUUUACUUCACACGAGUUGUCGUGUAUGCGCUGGUGACCAUCACCUCAUACCGGUAUCUCUGGACUAGCGACAUGGCUAGGGAGGUUGCCACCCUAGCGUUCUACAUGUUCACCGGUUACAGGUUCCGGCCUGAGGUGCAUAACCCAUACUUUGCGAUUGACGACGAAGAGGAGGAGGCUGCUGCUGAGGCACUCAAAUUGGAUGAUGAAUUUGAGCUAUGAGUGCUGUCAAUUGGUGGCCUUUUUCCUUCACAGUGGCUAUACGGGUGUUAUAUGUGCUUCCACAGGACAAACGCUUUCGACAAGACAAAUGUGAUAGACUGGUAUCCAUAUCCUUUUGUUUUUCAUUUCAACUUAGUUACAUUUUGUCCUAGUGUAAUUUGGUACCGACGACCCUGUGUGUGUGUGAAGCAAGGCAACAGCUUGAUUGUACCUAAACUUAAUCUACAAUUGUUGAGAUGAGAUGUUCUUCAUUGUACCUCUGUAGCUACUGUUGUAUCUAGAUGUUUACUCUGUGUACUUGGUAAAAGAAGUUGACUAUCAUUCAGUUUGUUGAUUCAUAUGAUGCUAAUUGUA